GAUCAACUGCCUAUAGCAAACAUCUUAAACCAUCAUCAGAUUAUGCAAAGAGAUUGAAUAAACUAAGAAAAAUAAAAAAAAUGUCUAACAAUUUUGUAUCAAAUACAAAUGAUCUAGUGGAAAUAUAUUUACAACUAAUUGUAAAAUAUUUUAAUGAGGACUUAACACAAGUUUUGUUGAAGCCAUUGCCAAAACAAAUGAAGGAUGUUGACAGUUGUUUAAAUUCUUUUUAUAUUGCUGAUACUUUGUCAACAAGAACAACAAGAAGAAAUGAACCAAUUGCAUUGGAGAAGACUACACAGAUAAUUGGAAGG